AUGGUUCUUUUGUCAUCACAAUCUGUACUUGUUGUUCGUCGAAUAAUGUACUCAAAACGUCGAACUAUAAAAGAUCGAUGGUUGUGGUGCAUGAUCGUUGGAAAUACUCUUUGUAAACGUACAAUUAUUGUCUAUUGUAUAUUUUUAUUCACAGUUAUACUUAUUUGGAGAUAUCAUGAAAAAUCUAUUAAAGUAGAAGAAGAUGAAGAUACAUUAAAACCAAUUAUAUUAUCAUCUUCUAUAAAUAAAAUACCUAGUACAACAACGAUAUUCCAAAACGAUGAAAUAGAAACGGAAUUAUUACCAACAAUUGAUUUGAAUCGUCUUGAUUAUUGGUUAACAAAUAAUUCUAAAACACGUGAUAUUAAUUUAACAGCUAUUCUUACACCAAAACGACGUGGAAAAUAUCUUGUUUAUGUUUGCCAUGAAAAUUGCGGAGGUUGGGGAGAUCGUCUUCGUGGUAUAAUGAGUCUUUUUAUGUUAUCAUUAAUGCUUGAUCGUAAUUUUCGUAUUGAAAUAACUCAUCCAUGUAAUUUAACACAUAUACUUCGUCCAAAUUUAUAUAAUUGGACACAAUCAAUCGAUGGAUUAAUUGCUAUUGAUCCAAUAACACAUCGUCGACGAUUUAAUUUAACACGUAAAAUGUUAAUAACAACAGCUAAUACUCAACAAAAUAUUCUUACAAAUGUUUCACAAAUUUUACAUCAUAAUAAUUCAAUUGAUUCAAUUUGGUCUGAAGAUGUUUUAUAUUGGGCAACAAAUAAAGAUUAUUUUUAUCAAUUAUCAAAUAAUAUUUUUUAUAGAAAAAAAUUUAAAUCAUAUGGAAUUAUGACUAAAUAUAAUAUUAAAUUAGAAAUACUUUUUCCAUUAUUUUACGAAAUACUUUUUCGUCCUGUUCAAAAGAUUCAACAACAUAUUUUAAAAUAUAAAUUCAAACAAAAAACUCAUCAAAUUAUUUGUGCACAAAUACGAACAGGAAAAAAUCCGACAAUUCCAGAUGAUAAAUUGCUUCCCGGUCGUCAAAAUAUUAGUGAAACAAUAUUUUCAUUUAUCGAUUCAAAUUUAACGAAUGAAAAUUCUAAUAUAUUUUUAACAACAGAUAAUCAACAAGUUUAUAAUGAAGCUCAACAACGUUAUGGUUCUCGUCUGUUAUAUGUAUCAGGUGAAAUUACACAUCUUGAUCGUUCAUUAAAUAUUAAUCAAAAAGUUUGUCGUGAACAAGACAAACUUUUAACAGAUUUUCACUUAUUAGGAGAAUUAUGUGAUAUAUCAAUCAUAUCAAAUUCAGGUUUUGGGUUUUGGGGAAAUUUAAGAAGAUUUCAACCAUUUGAACAAUUGUAUGUUUUUUGUGCUGGAAGAAUUUAUAAAAUUGAAUCAAUGUGGCAUUUGUAUAAAAUGAGAGAACAAAAUCAAAAUGGAGAAUUAUGUUGA